CGGGUCCCCGCUCUAGGGGCGUGGCCUCACGCUGCCCCGGGGGCGGGGCCUGAUUCGAGCUCCACCCGCGCCGCCGGAGGCGAAGGGCGAGACCGCCACUCCGCGCUGCGCAGCUGCACCGUGCAGGGACCGAGAGAAGAGCCGACAUGGCUGUCCUCUCCAAGGAAUACGGUUUCGUGGUUCUGACGGGCGCGGCCAGCUUCAUACUGGUGGCUCACCUGGCCAUCAACGUCGCCAAGGCCCGCAAGAAGUACAAAGUGGAGGUAAGGGGGGCCCGGCCCGUGCUGCUUUAUAUAGACAUACUUAAUGGGGUACUUUGUAAAAAAAAAUUCCUUUCUGUCUAUUCCAGGUUGGAAGUAUAUCCCCCCUUCUUAUUUUUUCUAGCUAUUGGAGGUGUUUACCACCCGCGUAUAGCUUCUGGCUUGGGCAUGGCCUGGAUUGUGGGAAGAGCCCUUUAUGCAUACGGCUACUACACAGGAGAACCCAGCAAGCGGAGUCGUGGAGCGCUGGGCUCCAUCGCCCUCAUUGGCCUGAUGGGCACAACUGUGUGCUCUGCCUUCCAGCAUCUUGGCUGGGUCAAAACUGGCUUGGGCAGCGGGUCCAAAUGUUGCCAUUAAAUAAUUAUAGGGUGUUUAAAACCUCUCGUUCAUUUUGAGUGGCUUUACUUUUAUUUCAAGUUACCUUUUUUUUUCUAAAUAUAAUAAAACUUACUGGCAUCAGCCUCAUCCUAA